UUUUAAGCGAAUGCGAGUGAGCGCGCGGCAAGCAAAUUGGCUGACUUCAGGAUCGUUCUAGAGCGCGGGUCGAUAAGUUUUUGCACGCGCAGUCUCGCACAUUUUGUCCGUUGAGUUUGGUUGAGGUAGUCGUCAUAAGCAAGCAGUAGUAAUAAAUAACCAUGCCCGUACCAAGCAUCCAGAAGCCGGCUCCGGUGUUCAAGGGCACCGCCGUCGUCGACGGCCAAUUCAAGGAGAUCAGCCUCGAUCAGUACAAGGGCAAGUACGUGAUCCUGUUCUUCUACCCUCUGGACUUCACGUUCGUCUGCCCGACGGAGAUCAUCGCCUUCUCCGAUCGUUCCGAUGAGUUCGAGAAGAUCAACACGCAGGUGAUCGGCGUGUCCACGGACAGCCAUUUCAGCCAUCACGCCUGGAUCAACACGCCGAGGAAGCAAGGCGGUCUCGGCAAGAUGCAGAUCCCUCUGCUGGCCGACAAGUCGAUGAAGAUCGCUCGCGAUUACGGCGUCCUCGACGAGGAGUCCGGCGUUCCGUUCCGCGGUCUCUUCAUCAUCGACGUCAAGGGUGUCCUCCGUCAGAUCACCAUCAACGAUCUGCCGGUCGGUCGUUCCGUCGACGAGGUCCUCCGUCUCGUGCAGGCCUUCCAGUUCACCGACGAACACGGCGAAGUCUGCCCAGCAAACUGGAAACCCGGCAAGAAGACCAUGAAGCCGGACGUCAACGGUAGCAAGGCCUACUUCGAGAGCGGCGACCAGUAAUCAUCAUCAGUCGCACAGCCAGAGCCACCUCCUCCCAAAAUUAUUAUUAUUUAAAUUAAUAUGUAUUUCUGUGUUAUAUAUAUAUAUAUAUAUGCAUCAUUGUUAUCCCAGUUAUUUGUAGUAGCGAAUUGUAAAACAAAUACCUAUUGUUAAACGUAUUACACUACCAUUGUAUCAUAAUGAAUAUUAUACCAAUAAAAAUAAGAAUAGAAUAA